AUGGCCGAGCCGGUCCAAGUCGGCCGCGAGGUGAUCUACUGCGGGGGGCUCCCCCAGUACUGUGAAUAUGGCGGCACCAUAAAGAAAUGCCAGGAGUGGCUCGAGAAGAAUCACCCAGAACUCUACCAAAGAAUAUGGUCGCCUGAAGCUCUUGAGGCUGCCACUGCGUCCCUUUCGCUCGAGCUCCAGGAGCGCGCGGCAAAGGAUGCAGCAAAGAAGGCCGCGAAGGCCGAGGCUAAGGAACAGAAGGUGGCUGCUCAGCGGGCCAAGAGCAUGGUUCACAUCAAGCGGGUCGAGCGCAACAAGCGCAAGUUUGUUACGUCUGUGGCUGGGCUGGAGGCGUUCGGACUGGACCUGAAGAAGGUGGCCAAGGAACUGGGCAAGAAGUUCGCCACGGGUUCUAGUGUCACCAAGAAUCCUGGCGGCGGUGAGGAGAUUGUUGUCCAGGGUGAUGUAUGCGAGGAACUGCUGGAGUUCUUGAAGGAAAAGUAUGGCGGCAAGGAGGUGCCCGAAGACCAUAUCGAGAUUGUGGAGGAUAAGAAAAAGAAAGGGUGA